AUGACUACUAAAGAAGACGUAAUUAGCAGCGACACUGCUGAAAAAGUCUCAAAAUAUGUGAGACCAAUAGAAGGAAAGCUGGGUCCUAAACAACUAAAGGCAUGUGUUGAGAAACGUAAUCAAGAAGCAGCACGUAAAGCGGCAAGCUAUGAAUUAUUGCUUGUGGAAGAGCCCGGAUAUUUGGAGGCUGAAGGAAUAGAAAAGACAUACAACAUAACGCAAAAGAAUUUGAAAGAAAGUGUAGACGAGGCUACCGCCACAAAGAUAUUUAAUCUUGAUUUAAAAACUUUCGGACCAUAUUCAUUGGAUUACACUCGUAAUGGACGGAAUAUGUUGAUAGGAGGACAUAAAGGUCAUUUGGCAACUUUUGAUUGGCAGGCAAACAAAAGGAAUUGUGAAAUUCAUGUUAAAGAGACGACUCGAGAUGUGAAAUGGCUGCACAAUGAACUUUUCUUUGCUGCCGCACAAAAAAAGUAUGUAUUUAUAUAUGAUCACAACGGACUUGAAGUGCACCGACUAAAGAAACACAUCGAAGGAAACGCCGGAUGGCUAAAAUAUCAAGACACCUCCACUGGGAAAUUGGUAUCCGAGUGCAGAACAAAGCUGGGUCAAUGCGAUGUGAUGACUCAAAAUCCGUGGAAUGCAAUAAUUAAUUUGGGACAUAUUAAUGGCACAGUCACUCUAUGGUCUCCAAAUAUGUCGACACCUUUGGUUAAGAUGCUGACGCAUCGAGGCCCAGUUAAAGCGCUCGCGGUAGAUCAUACAGGAACCUACAUGGCAUCUGCCGGCCUGGACGGUCGUUUGAAAUUGUGGGACAUACGAACUUACAAAUGUCUUCAGGAGUAUUUUACUCGAACACCCGCCUGUUCAUUAUCCAUAUCGCAGCUAGGUCUUUUGGGUGUUGGAUGGGGGCCUCACGUUACUGUUUGGAGGGAUGCCUUUAAAACAAAGCAGAAAUCACCGUAUAUGAAUCAUCUGCAACCGGGAGCCCAGAUACGGGACAUUCACUUUUGUCCAUAUGAAGAUGUUCUUGGUUUUGGUCAUUCUGACGGUAUUUCGAGUAUAUUAAUUCCAGGUUCCGGAGAACCUAACAUCGAUAGUUUAGAGGUAAAUCCAUAUCAAACUAAGAAGCAGAGACAAGAAACCGAAGUUCAUAGCCUUCUGGAUAAGAUACAACCUGAAAUGAUUACAUUAGACCCCACAUUUAUUGGCAAAGUUGACAAAACUUCAAAGGAAUUACUAUCAAAAGAAGAGGAGGAGGAAAGAAGCAAAGGCAAAGAAAAAUGGGAACCACGAUACAAAGCACGUGGUAAAAGCAGUGCAUUGAAGAGAUACCUUCGUAAGAAACAGAAGAAUGUGAUUGAUGAACGAAGGAUGAAAAUUCAACAACAAAUUGAACAAGAAAAAGAAGCGCGCAAGAAAAGAUUACGUGGCGACAUUGAGGAUGAUAAGACCCCAACAGCUUUGGAUAG